CAGGAAGUGUCUGGUUGGUGUUUGUAAAUGAAAGAAAAAGCAGUUUGUGCGAAACAUUUAUGUUAAAAAAUAAAAUAAAAUAAAGAAGUUGAAUGAAAAAUACAGAUGUUACAUACUGAAGGCUGAGCAAACAAAGAAAACUAUUUAUCUGGGCGGGAACGACAGAUGCAGAAGAAUAAAUGCUGGGAUUCAGUGAAGAAGAUUAUGUUCCCCAAUUCUUCCAUUCUGGGAAGCCCGCCCUAUAAAAGAGGCACAUCCAAUGAGUUUCUGUAUCAGAUCCCUCUUAAUCUAGCACCUGCGUUGUUCUCUCAACAGCAGCUAAUCGAGUCAGAAUAUAACUCCAGGAAUGCUAACUUUCACGGUGCCCCCCUGAAUGUUCUUUCUCGUUUCCCAUCGGUUUCCCCAUCACAUGAUUGGAACCAUGUCAGCCGCACUUCUCCACAGGCCGCUGCUGUGCUCACAGCAUCUCAAGGCAGGAAGAGGCGGAGCGAUGAGCACUGCCCCUUUGAUGUCAAGCGGCAGCGGUUCCAGUCGCCCCUCCCUCAGACACCGGUUGCCACGGCAGCAUCUUCUCCAGCAGCAGCCACCCAUUCGGUUGUGCAUCUGCAAAGUGAAGGCAGGAGCUGUGCCCCAGCCUUCAGUGCAGCUUCUUCACCACAAACUCCAAAGCCCUCUGGCUGCGUGCCGCCUCUAAGAGGCUCCCCUUAUCCAGAGCUCAUUGACAGCCCACUCCCAGCUGCUAAAGACAAGUUAAGUCAACAAAUACUGCAGUUGUUUCAGACAUGCCAGCAGCAGUCUGAUGAUCUGGAAAAGAAGGAGCUUUGUAGAGCAGAGCUUCAGAGAGAAAUCCAGAGGCUAUUCCCACAGAGCCGGGUAUUUUUAACUGGGUCGUCUUUGAAUGGUUUUGGCAGUCGAAGCAGCGAUGCAGAUCUGUGUCUAGUUGUUCAAGAAGGGCUGCUGUCUCAUUUACAGGUGGAUCAGAGAACAAAUGCAAUAUAUAUACUGAGUCUAGUACAGCAGUUGUUCUACAGACUGUCUUACAUUGAGAGACCUCAGCUUAUUCGAGCAAAAGUGCCCAUAUUAAAAUUCAGGGAUAAAGUCAGUGGAGUGGAGUUUGACUUGAAUGUAAACAAUGUUGUUGGAAUAAGAAAUACAUUCCUUCUCAGGACCUAUGCAUUCAUCGAGAACAGAGUUCGCCCCCUUAUACUUGUGGUAAAGAAGUGGGCUCGACACCAUGGAAUUAACGAUGCCAGCCGCGGAACUCUGAGUAGCUACUCCUUGGUACUGAUGGUUUUGCACUAUCUGCAGACUUUGCCUGAACCUGUUGUUCCCUGUCUCCAGAAGGAAUAUCCAGAAUGUUUCAACUCUGCUAUGCAGCUUCACCUUGUACACGAAGGACCACGUAACGUUCCUCAGUACCACUCCAAGAAUCAGUCAACGGUCGGAGAUUUGCUUCUGGGCUUCCUUAAAUACUAUGCCACAGUUUUCAACUUGAAUAUGUUGGCUUGCUGCUUACAAGGAAGAUGAAUGUAAAUGUGAAUUCAGUGACUGUCCAUCGGGAUUGGAAUAGAGGAGGAAGCACACCAGCUUGAGCACAUACCUACUUUCUGCAGUCAACCCUGUCAUCAUUUCCAGGCUCUGGACAAAUUUCUCCUGAAUUUUUAAAAAGCAUUUAAGAUUUUCUUCACAACACAUUUUUAAAAAAAUAUAAUAAUAAUAAAUAUAUAUAUAUUUUAAAUUUAUUCUGGCAAAAUCCCACUUCUUAAUAUGAUUUAUUGAUUACUUUGUUAGGUUACUUUUUUUCUUUCUCAUUAACACUGAUACUUAGAAAAGAUCCGUAAAAAGGUAAACACAAGUGAAACGUAUGGGGUUUAUAAGGCUGUUGGAAUUAGAAAUCAAUACAACCGUAAAACCAUAAAAGACAAUCUACCUGUACUACUUUCAACCUUAACUUAGUAAUACCCCUUAUGGAUUCGGAGUCAUUUACUUUUAAUAUGUACUGAACAUUAUGUAGCCUAACUCCAUAACACAUUUUCCAGCGGCAGUAAAUUGUUUGCUUUAUGAAAACUGUUAUUUUAUGUUAAUGAUAUUAUUUUGUCAGUUUUAUUUUAGUGGAAUGUAUUAAAUGAAUGACCAGAACAGUAAAAGAAAAAUAAAUUUUAUACUGAAACUAUGAAAUUAUUUCUAGGAAGUUUAUCCAUAAUUUUAAUCCUUGUUUGUGUUGGAGAUGAACUUUAGUUGGGCUGCUAUACCCAGAGGGGAGGCUUAGUUGUAUCUGGAAAUGAAAGCUGCUUUUGCAGGUGUAACAUGCAAGCAGGGAGUCUCAUUUACCAUUCCAGACUCUAGUUACACAUAGCAGCUGGGACUGAUGGCAGCAGGUGAAAUGUUGACGCUUGUCCUUUGGCAGAACUUGCACAGGCUCGAUAAAUAGCUUGUUUAUGUGCAGAGGCCCUAAUUGUGUAUUCAAACCGCAUGUGGUAAGAUCCAUUUUUGAAUGUGCAACUUGAAGCUCCUAGUACUUUUCUGUUGUCCACUUUACUGACUGGGUUUGCAAUAUAUAGUAUGUAUAUAUAUUUUUUUUCUUUAAGAAUUUGUUACGCUAUAAAAAACACAAAUGUAAUUAAAUGAGCAUAGAAACUGGAUUGCGUUUGAGAUGUUUUUGGAUGCAAGUUUCUAAUCUUUGAAUGUUUACUCACUUCGUCGUCCAGCCCCAACAUCCUUGAAUGACCAAUUUUCAAUGUAUAAUAAUAUGCAUAACAUUUAAAAGCACAGGUUUUGACUGAUUCAUGAUUGCAUCAGAGUUAGCAGAGGAGGAAUUCUGCACUCCCUAAAAAUAUGAUCUGACUCUCAUAGCUGUAUUUGAAAUACUAUUUUACUUGCCAGCCUCCCGUCACAAUUAGCCGUUGCAGCAACAUGCUUAGUGUGUGUUGUGUGGGAAGCAUAUAACUGGGAGACUGGUGACAAAGGUUCAUCAUUUCAAAUGCAUCUUUCUUGAUAAAUGGCCUAAUCUACUUUAAAGCAAUGAGCAUGCUUUUAAAGUGCUCUCUUGUUUUCUC